AUGCGAGAGAAAUGCUCACACUGUCGAGCCCUGGAGGAACUGACACGGAAAACAUCCCAGAAUCCCUUUGGAUUUCACUCUGAGACCCAGACAACACCGUUGGAACUGCGUAAUAAGAAGUUUUUUGGACACAUUGGUGCUGAGGUGAAUGAGUUGGAAUCCUCUGAUGAGCUGAACUCUGAGCUCUUUCAGCCCAAUAUAAUGAGUCCAGAAUCAGGCCUGAACACUGCCAGUGAGUCGGAGGAUCUCGGAGCGUGUUCUCAGUUCGAGGCCAGUCGUAACGCCCGCAACAUGAUGCCCAGCAUGAGCUGCGGUGUCUUCCCAGAGUUCACGCUCCGCAAACCGUCCUCCGAGACGGACAUCGAGAACUGGGCGUCCAAACACUUCAACAAGCACACACAGGGUCUGUUCAGGAGGAAAGUGUCCAUCGCCAACAUGCUGGCGUGGAGCAGCGAGCCCAUCAAGAAGCCCAUGAUCAUGACGACGGACCGUACGGUGAAGCGCGAGGCCGUGGAGCUCUUCAGACUCAUCCAGAGCUACAUGGGUGACCGGCGGGGCAAAGGCGAGCCGCUGGUGGUGGCUCUGGAGGUGGUGGUGAGGGGCUGGAGCUGCCAGGGCCUGCGGGAUGAGCUCUACAUCCAGCUCUGCCGACAGACCACCGAGAACUUCCGCUACGACAGUCUCCAGAGAGGCUGGGAGCUCAUGGCCAUCUGUCUGGCCUUCUUCCCCCCGACGCCUCGCUUCCACAGCUACCUGGAGGGCUACAUCUACAGACACAUGGACCCGCUCAACGACACCAAGGGAGUAGCGAUUAGCAGCUAUGCAAAAUACUGUUACCGUAAACUACAGAAAGCUGCGCUCACCGGAGCCAAGAAGGGUUUGAACAAGCCCUCGAUCGAGGAGAUCGCUCACGCUCGUAACGCCAUCUUUCGGCCCUCCAUGUUCGGCUCGUCUCUGGAGGAAGUGAUGGAGAUCCAGAAGGACCGUUAUCCCGACAGGCAGCUGCCGUGGGUCCAGACGCGCCUGUCUGAGGAAGUGCUGAACCUGAACGGAGACCAGACCGAGGGCAUCUUCAGGGUGCCUGGAGACAUUGAUGAAGUAAAUGCUCUGAAACUACAUGUGGACAACUGGAAGGUACCAACCGGCCUGGAGGACCCACAUAUUCCAGCGUCGCUGCUGAAGCUCUGGUACAGAGAGCUGGAGGAGCCGGUGAUUCCUCAUGAGUUUUAUGAGCAGUGUAUCUUGAACUAUGACAGUCCUGUGGCUGCUGUCAGCGUCGUCCUCAACCUCCCUCACAUCAACAAACUGGUGCUCUGCUACCUCAUCCGCUUCCUACAGGUAUUUGCUCAAGCCUCCAGCGUGUCCUUGACUAAGAUGGACGUCAGUAAUCUGGCGAUGGUGAUGGCGCCAAACUGCCUGCGCUGCCAGUCGGACGACCCGCGCAUCAUUUUCGAGAACACGCGGAAAGAGAUGAGCUUCAUGCGCGUGCUGAUCCAGCACCUCGACACCAGCUUCAUGGACGGGGUGCUAUAGCACAAACACACACGUUAGCAUUCACACCUAACGCCCACACAUGAAUCACCCGGCAAACAACCUCGACAAGCCUCUUCCUGUACACAACACACAUAAAACAUAGUCACGCUCACCUUCCACAACGUUUAGGUCAAAUCCGCCAUCCUCUCUGAUUUCUGAUUAGAUAAACCAUCCGUCCUCACAUGAUAGUGACUGUCCUGCUUUGGUUUCUAGUGUGCAUGUACGUGCCGAAUGUGUUCAUUUCUGUUUUCUAACUCGACUGACUUGUAGAACGGUCCGUCUGAUUUUAUAUGAUUAAUUUAUUUGUUAUUUAUUUGAAUAAGGGUUUGUAAGUAUUGUACUGCCUUUUGAAAUAGAAAACAUCUGUCUUUACUGAUCACAUGCAUUGAUCUGUGUGUGUGUGAGUGAGUGAGUGAGUGAGUGA